AUGCGAACUCAUACACAACGCUCCACACUGGCUGGGUUGGCAUCAUCACUCCUCCUCCUUCUCCCGUCAUUCACAUACGCCAUCAGCCUCGACUGCGCAAACAUUAUUGCUGAUAAAGUAAAAUUCGACCUAAGUCCGCUGGGUGGUGUACACGAGAUCACCGAGUUCCAGGAAAUCGACGAUAUCUCAGUAAACACGACCUAUGUCUUGAAUAUUUGCAAUACGCUCAAAGGAGCUGCGACUCGCGAAGGACAGAAAUGCGGGACGUCGAGAAACAUUUGCGGAUUUGAGCGAACCAUCUAUCUAGACGGCCGAACAGACACCUUAAAAGUCCUCCCCAUCGCAGGCUACGAAAACUCCCUCGGUGGCGGAUCAAAGGAUAUCGAAACAACAUUAUUAAAAUCCAUCGACCCUGCGACAGAAGGAAUCCGCGUUAAGAUAUCCGGAGGCACAAUACCAGAACCAGAGCUGAAAAAGAAGUAUCCCGCAUCAGCCAUAAUUGAUUUUCAAUGUGAUCCGGGUCGCACGGGGUUGGAGGGACUUAAGAAUGAUGAUGAUUUGGAUCAGGCGACGGAUGCGAAGCUUCGUCGUCGUGAUGAUGGGGAGAAAGGUGAUGAUGGUAAUAACAAAGAUGGCGAUGAGAACAAUAAACCCCAAACCCCGAGUUUGACGUUCCAGAGUUUCAGCCUAGAGAACGAAAACUUCAUAUUGCGCCUGGAUUGGAAGACGAAAUACGCCUGUGAAGAUUACAAACGCGAUAAUCCUGGAUCUGGCAGUGGUAAUAGCAGUAGUGGUCAUUGGGGAUUCUUCACAUGGUUGAUUAUAAUCCUCUUCCUCUGCAUCGCAUCUUACCUCAUCUUCGGCUCCUGGCUCAAUUACAACCGCUACGGCGCCCGUGGCUGGGACCUCCUCCCACACUCUGACACGAUUCGUGAUAUUCCCUACAUUUUCAAUGACUGGAUGCGUCGAGUCAUUAAUACCUUACAAGGUUCUGGGGGCUCGAGGGGAGGUUAUGCCGCUGUAUAA